AUGGCACCAUUUGAAGCUUUGUAUGGAAAUAAGUGCAAGACCCCAUUGUACUGGGAUGAAGUUGGAGAAAGAAGAAUUCUAGGGACAAAAUUAAUACAACCUACUUAUGAAAAGAUAGAUAUAAUCACAGAGAGGAUUAAGGCAGCUCAAUCCAAACAAAAGUGCUAUGCAGAUAAGAGAAGAAAACCCCUGGAGUUUGAAGUGGCUGAUAAAGUCUUUUUAAAAAUUUCACUAGUUAGAGGUGUUAAGAGAUUUGGAAGGAGAGGAAAACUGGGUCCUAGAUAUGUGGGACUGUUUGAGAUUCUGGAUCGGAUUGGCCAGAUAGCUUACAGAUUGGGAUUGCCUCUAGAAUUAGAAAGAUUUCACAAUGUCUUUCAUGUGUCUAUGUUGAAGAAGUAUAUUCCGAACCCUACGCAUGUACUGCCUACUAUGGAGUCAUCGGACCUGGAUGAUGAUCUGAGUUAUGAAGAACAACCUGAAGGGAUCUUUGACAGGAAAGAGUAUCAGCUCCGGAACCGGAUCAUACCAUAUUUGAAGAUUAAAUGGAAGAACCACCCGGAACAAGAAGCUUCCUUGGAGAGAGAAGAUGAAGGAAAGAAAGAUAUCCUGAAUUGUUUGGUUUAUCAGGAAGCUAUGAAGCAGAAGAGCUUAGGGCAAGAUCAAAUUCUGCAGAGUUUAGAAGAACCAGUGGGAGAGUACUAG